GUCGUCGCGGCGGAGGCGGCGGUGGCGGCGUCGGUGGUGCCGUCGCGUGGCGCCGCCGCCGCGCAGUACCAGCCCCCGGGGCAAGUGCUCCCGCAGCAGGACAACUCGUACGACCAGCAGGGACUGUACCAGAUGGGCAUCCCCUACGCCAACAUCGACCCCAGGAAGCCUUACGUGCCCGGGUACAGGCUGGUGCACCUGGACCUGAAGGGCGCGCCGCCCAAGGUGGGCUUCCUGAAGAGGCUGUUCCCGCUGCUGCGCCAGCUGGGGGCCACGGGCCUGCUGCUCGAGUGGGAGGACAUGUUCCCGUUCAAGGGCUCGCUCGCUCCGCUGUCCGCCACCAACCGCUACUCGCCGCGCGAGGUGCGCGACAUCCUGCAGGCGGCCAAGGGCAGCGAGCUGGAGGUGAUGCCCUUGGUGCAGACCUUCGGCCACGUGGAGUUCGCGCUGAAGCACGCGCAGUUCGCCGGGCUGCGCGAGGUGCCCGAGUCGCCGCAGGCGCUGUGCCCUUCGCUCAACGCCUCCGCCGAGUUCGUCGAGAAGCUGGUGGAGCAGGUGAUGGAGGCGCACGGCAGCCCCAGGUUCCUGCACAUCGGCUGCGACGAGGUGUUCCAGCUGGGCGAGUGCCCGCGCUGCCGCAGCCAGGCGCGCGAGGCGCUGUUCCUGUCGCACGUGGCGCGCGUGGCUGGGUUCGUGCGGCGCCGCUACCCGGGCACCACGCCCGUCGUCUGGGACGACAUGCUGCGCCACAUCAGCCCGCAGAGCCUGGACGAGUUCCGCAUGGGCGAGCUGGUCGAGCCCAUGGUGUGGGUGUACGCAGAGGACGUGUACCGCUUCGUGCCCAGCAUGGUGUGGGACAAGUUCGCGGCCGUGUUCCCUCGCGUGUGGGCCGCCAGCGCCUUCAAGGGGGCCUUCGGCGAGACGCUGUACGUGCCCAACGUGAAGCGACACCUGGAGAACAACCUGCGGUGGCUGGAGGUGAUGGCCGCCGAGGGCCCCAAGUUCAAGGGCGGCUUCCGCGGCAUCGCCAUCACCGGCUGGCAGAGGUACGACCACUUCGCCGUGCUGUGCGAGCUGCUGCCUGCCGCCGUGCCGUCGCUGGCGGUGAACCUCCUGGCGACGGCGCACGGCUACUUCAACCAGUCGCUGCGCGCGGAGCUGGCCUCCAGCCUGGGCUGCUCGCGCCCGCUGCCCCCCACCAGCGCCCGGCAGACCAGUUCCGCCGAGGCCGUGGUCAACCUCAACUCCGACCCCUACCUGUGGGACAAGAUGGGGCGCUGCUUCUUCCCCGGGUCGCCCUUCUUCAGGCUCACGUACCGCCUGCACGCCGCCGAGCUCGAGGUGAAGGAGUACCUGGAAUCCGUGACCCUGUCGAAGGGGUGGAUGACGGACUACAACAUACGUCGCAACUUCUCCAGCCCGCUGCGGGUCGACGAGCUGAUGGCGGACCACCCGCGCGUGUACCACACGCUGACGACGCUGGCGCGCUCGGCCCGCGAGGCCAUGGAGGACGCGUUCGACCCGUACACCAUCGCGGAGUGGGUGGAGCAGCGGAUAUACCCGAGCGUCGCGCGGCUCGAGCAGCUUCGCCGGGACGCGGACGCGCUGAAGGCCGUGCGAACGUGGCCGCGCCGGCCGUUCCCGCCGCUGCGGGACCUGCGCAGGCUGGGCGUCCCCAUGCCGGGCGACGGGGGGGACGACGGCUCCAGCCCGCGGCCGCCCGGCGAGUAGCCCGCCCACCUGCCGUGCCUGGGGGCUUUGAAUACAUAUACUGUAUAGAAGUCACGAGCGGAUAGGAUUUACUCUACGUUUUUUCAGGAGCGUGUGAUGAGCAGAUUGGGAACUUCACCGCUGCAGGGCACUGCCGUGACGCCCUGUAUCGUCCUAGGUUGUUAUUUACACGUUAGAGCGCAGCACUGUCAUUCCCCCGCACCCCCCAACCCGUCGUUCAACGGGAGGGGGGGGGGGGGGGUAAGGGGUGUUUGAAGAGUUCGGACACUUUGUCCCGCUAGGGACCCACCACAAGUCGAUGCCCCGGAGAUGGUGGCGAUUGCGGCGGUGAAUUAACCAACCGCCUCGAAACCGUGUUAGAAAUUUUAACCUGGGCUGGCGACUUCUAUGCAGUGUGUAUGUAUUCAAAGCUGAGAGCGUGCCUGGGCCCUGGCGCGCUCCCACGGGCAGUGGUAGCCCCCGUGCUAGCUGCGCGACUUGUGCCGGAAACUCCACGCGCCGCGCCCGCGUGGCAGCAGACUGCGAUACCGUGCAGUGAGAGCGGUGUGUUGUCGGCGGGUCCUUGCAAGGUUGUCACUUUUAUUCAUAACUUCUCGCACUUUGAUAAACACGAUGACAAGACAUUUCACAAUUGCCCAUAACUGCGAUGGAACGUGUAGAUUCGAGACUGUCGAUUUAGUUGUUUUUUUUAUAUAAAGUGGUAGACUUUAUAAUGUUAUCCAAUAUUUUUUUUUAAUUCAGCCAGUGUGCUAUAAAGCAUGCUUAGCUUAUUAAACUGAUGGAAGUGUUUUCUAGCUAAUGUAUUAUUAGCGAGUGUUGUGAACAUGGGGCUAGCAUAGCAUGUCUUUUUGUACAUGAACAGUAUUUUUAGUUCCUUCUGAUGGUAUCAAAAUGUUAGUGCAUUGUCGUCGCCCUCUCAGCUGAAUGUCGUGUAUAACUGACUGAAACUUUGUGUUGACGAGUGGGUGAAUCUCAACUCUUGACAGCUUUAUGUGUUAAGGUGUGUCAGCAAAGGGAGCAGCGUAUAGGUAUGUUAACAUAACGUAUAAGAAUUUUAAAUGUCACUGUACCCCUGGUAACUUAUGACAAAAUUGACUCUGUCAAAGAGGUUACAGAAUCCAAAAAACUAAAAACUGUUGUUUUUUACCCUCUCAGAAUUGGACACUAAUUUGUUGAAUUCAACUAAUCAGACUAGUAUGUGUAAUGUUCAUCCUUUAUCGAAGUAUUUGUCAGUUGUGAGAUGAUAAAAAUUUAUGCUCAACAUGUCAAAAUGUUACUUUAGCCGGUGUAAAAAAAAAUCUGGCGCUUAGGACAAAACAAAUAAACAUUUUAAAAAUUUUAUGUAAACAUAUUCCUGUACUUAAUAUAAACAUUUACCACCACUUCAUACCAAUGAAUGUUUAAUGUUGUUGAUGCUGUGUACAUGAAAUGUGAAAUCUAAUGAUAUUUUUAUAAAUGUUUGUUUAGUAAGUGUGCAAAGCAGCAGCAUCGAAAGAAGGAAUUAGAUUUUUUUCUGGGUAUGUCGUGGGAAUUUUUUCUUUUAAAAUGUGUAUGUUUAUAUGUUUAUAUAGUCUGUCUUAUGCUUAAAUUGCAGUACACAGUGAUGGUUGUUACUGUUGCCAGAUUGAUACUACCCUGAAUUUUUUUAUGUAAACAAUAUUAUUUUGUGUACCAUCGUUAAUAACUAAGUUUUAAUUUUCUUUAUGUGGUUUUUUCUAAGAUCAUAUAUAAGUGUAUAGUGACUGUAUUACUACAGCUUUAGUAAUCUUGACAAAAAAUAAUUCAAUGCUAAACACCAAUAUGUUUUGUAGCAUUCUAUUAAAAUAUGUGCUGUGUUUGAAAGAGCUAAUAAUUUAAAAUAAUAUACAAUGUUGUUGACUAAAACAGUUGUAAAUUAAAUGUCUUCUUAGAAAUGAAACCUUAAAAAUAAACAAGAACAUUUUUCCCCAAAAUACAAUGAUUAGAUAAAUAAUAUUUUAUAGUUGUCUAUGACGUAUUAUAUCUGGCAACAGAACAGGGCUAUUACCCGCGGCCCCGCGCUGGACCUUUUAAUAUUUAAAAUAUUGACAUAAAUGGGGAAGUGAAAAUUAAAUUUUUUAUGUCUUGUGACUUAAUGUGGUGGUCCAUUUUAAUUAAUGAUUUUGUAUUAGAUUAAAAGAUUUUAUUGCCAUGUAUAAUGAUGUAGGUAAUUAUACAGGACAUAUGAAUUUGGUUUACAAAACUGACCCGAGCAUAAUUUAUCAAGAAAGACUAUUAAAAUAACUUAAGGUAUUGGGUGAAACAUGUUUGAGUGUAAUAUCGGCUGGGAGGUCAUAUUUCAAUGCGUUUCAGUAAUGUAGUUUCAUCCCUUAUGUUGGGCAGGCAUUUUCUUCUGUUAAAAGAGAACUUUUAACAUUGAAAAAUAUAUUAGUUAUACAAAGUUAAUUUUUCUCCCUUAAGCAAACGUUGGCCAUAACUUUUCAUAUAAAAGAUGUAAGUAAAAAUGAAUACACUCUUUAUCCAUAGGUACUGUACCACAUUGGUCAUAACCUGUCCCAAGUAUCAGGUAAUCUGAGUAUUUUUCACGCCAGAGUCAAAAUGUAAGCUGGGCAUCAAAAAAACAAUAUUUAAACAUUGUAAAAACUUUUAGAAAUACAUUUAUAAUGAACUUUUGGUAUGGAAGUGAUAUUGUGAAUAAUGGCUAAAACCACCUAACAUUGUUCAACAUGUGAAAUGAUCUUCAAGUAGGUAAAUUCACUUUGGUCAUCAUGGAUACACAUGUAGUAAAAGCUCAAUGGUGAUAAGAAUGAAUCAUAAUUUUGCUGAGUUCUUACUUCAGUUUUACUAAUCACAGGCCCUUAUUUACCACACUAGCUUAUUUGCAUUAGUCAUGAAAUGCAAGGGAAGUUACACAGUUUUCAAUAAUUUUUUUUUUCUUUUCACCAUUAUGGUGUCAUGUUCUGUUCGUAGUUGCUACUUUGCAAAUUUACUAAUUGCUGCUUCAUCACAGCAACUUUUCUGAAGAGAAACAUUAUUGGUUUGUUUUAACGUUACUCUUUACCCUAGAUGUGAUUAGACUUGGUCACAGCUGUUGGCAUUGUACAGGGAAACCUAUGUGAAUCGUGUAGCUUCAAAAGCAAUGGGCACGGACUGUUGUAAAUAUACAGGAAUUUCAGAGGCUAUUGUACUUGUCGCAUGCAACUGCCAAACUUCAGUGAGAUUCGUAUUUUAAGUGGACCAAAACAAGACUACAAUUUUGGGCAUUACUCGUCUCCCAUUCAGCUUGCUCGUUUUCUGUUGGACUUCGCAACUCGGUAGUCUUAGACAGCUGUAAUGUUCCCUUUAAAAACCUAAUCAUGUUUAUUAAGUUACCCCCAAAGCUUAUUCCCAGCACUUAUUAUCCUUGUUUAGAGUGUCUUUCUUAUGAAAUUGACCCCUUCUGAAGAGUUGCAACAGGGUUCUACUUAACUAAUUUCCAACAGCUCUUGUUGGUGAAGAUCGAGAGACAUGUACAAAAAUGUUUCUAAGCGAUGUGAAUUGCUGCUGAAGUAAUGAAAUCAUAAUUUUUUUUGUGAAGUGGGACAUUAUUAUUCUGUUUUUCUUUGGAUAUUUUGUUGUAGUUGUAACAGUUGAUUUUUAGCUAAAUAUAUUAGUAUCCGCUUUGUCACUUGAACAAAAUACAUAACUACUUAAUGUGUGUUUUCACAAGAUGAAGAAACUGUUAACUUACUGCAGUGCAGUAGAAGGUGUUUUAUUUUUCCUGUACAUUACUAUAAAAAGUUAAAAUCCUCAUAUUUUAAUGUUUUCCAAGCAUUUGUUAUUGUUGCAGAGAUUUUUUUUAAUGAUUACAGUUUAUUACAUAAUCAGUAUUAUAUAAUAGUAUCUAUGUAAUUUUUUAUUCUUAAUAUUUUGCAUGUUCUUAUGUUAUACACUACCUGUAAAAUACUGCAUUAAAUUAAUUAUGUACUGAUUUGCAAUACUGUUACAAUAAAGUUUGUGGUAGUAUGUACUAGCAUAAAAUGCUGUGAGAUUAUUUUAGGUUAGGUUGCUACCACCAGUCUUUACUUUGAAAACAUUAAUCUUUCUCACUUAAUUAUCUGUUGCGUAAUAAUAACUCAACUUUUUUCCAUAAAUCUUGUACCU